CUGUCUUGCUAUUUUCCCAUAGCCUUGAAGGCAGCAUCGGACCAGGGGCGGGUAGACGCUAACCGUGCAGUAUGGCGGACGAUGGAGACAGUUGGAGCGCUCCACUCAACACCAGCGGCGGCCAGGAGUCGGCAGAUGAGUCAGGCGGGCUUGGCCUGGGCGGAAUGUUGCUGAAUAUCGCUGUCAUAAUCGGCGUGCUGGCGGUGUGCGUGGCGGUUUACCGCCGCUGGGCCAGGCGGCUCGGCUCGGACGCGGCCCAGGGCGACGAGGCCUCGGCGCUUCCCAAGAUGAGGAGACGGGAUUUCACGUUGGACCAGCUGCGGGACUACGACGGGUUUCAGAACCCUCGCAUCCUCAUGGCCGUCAACAUGAAGGUUUUUGACGUGACUAGCGGCAAGAAGUUCUACGGGAGAGAGGGUCCCUAUGGGAUAUUUGCAGGCCGGGACGCUUCCAGAGGCUUGGCCACUUUCUGUCUGGAGAAAGACGCCCUGAGGGACGAGUACGACGACUUGUCCGACCUCAACGCUGUGCAGAUGGAGAGCGUGCGGGAGUGGGAGAUGCAGUUCAUGGAGAAGUACGACUACGUGGGGCGCUUGUUGAAGCCUGGCGAUGAGCCGUCCGAGUACACGGACGAGGAGGACAUCAAGGACCACCUGAAACACGACUAACUGCUUCCACCAAAGCCAGGAGCCCCUGACAGCUGCGACGGACAGCCCAUAAACCCUGACCUUCCCCAUCCCCCUACCAUCACUCGCACACCGGACCCCUCCUCUUCUUCCUUGCUGUCCUCAGUCCGUCGCGGCUUCUCUGGACGGGCGGACCUCGUCCCGCCUGGGCCGGCUUGGCUGCCUGCUCAUACUGCUAAAAUUCCCAAAAGUGGAUGGAAACUUCGGGUGUUCAAGAGAGGGGGUGCAUUGCCAUUAGAGGUAUUUGAAGCAAAACCACGACAAAAUCGGAGUCCAAAGUGGGCCAGCGAGGUCGCAGCUUAGCUGGACAUCAGGAAACUUAUUUUUAUCUCUCACACAUUCACACUGACACUGCUUGAGCUUCUGACGGCUUGUCAAUCAAUCAAUCUGUCGAUCAAUCAUCCGUCUCCACUUGUCUGACCCCCCGACCCCUCUUUAGACCGGCAGAGAGGCGUGGCAGUACCAAAGGUGUGAGGCAGAGCGGCGCUCUCCUUGUCUGUAGUCGUUGCACUACCAGUCGUCACCAUGUGAUUGUACGGCAUCGGGUCUCCGACGCUGCUGGCCGCAUGUCACGUGUUUGGAAUGCGAUUCAGUCCUACAGUAUGUGGGAGGGGCCCAAAGGGAAGGUGAUUGGCGUUCCUAAUCAACAACUCAAUUGUUUACAUUGACCCCCUUCCGUCCCCCCCAAAAACAAAGGUCCAAGUAUUAAUCGUGCCUUAUUUGCUUUGUUGCGUCAGUUCUGAGCGGAGGAAGCAUGGUGGUGUUGGCGGCGGCGGCGGCGACGUUCCCCUCCUACCCUCGCAAAAUGCAAAUUGAAGACCACAAAAAAAGGCACACGUGUUGAAUAGUCAUAUGACCGACUGGUUCCACCUUGUAAAUAUAGACACUCACUCAGUGUUACUGCCAUAUUGAUGUAGUCCAUCAUAUAAUGCUAUGUCCCCCCGCUGUCUUUUUUUGGGCCAAACACACUUCUCUUCUCCUUCCCCCUCCAUGGUUUGUCUUCUUCUUCCAUCGUCAACUUGCUUGGAGUGUGGCCGAACUUGGGAACGUUGCUGAUCCUGUAAAUAAAUAUCAUUUUAUUCAAGCAUGUGCAACACAGCGAGCGACUAUGCCCCAUUGCCACCUUGUCACCUAUUUAAAUGUUGUGUGAAUGCGUGUGCGGACGAGUGCGUGCGUGUGUGUGUGCGCGUGCGCCAGGCAGGAAGGGAUUUGUUCAUGCAUAAUAAAUUGAUUUGGUUAGUAAUUGAAAAAUGUCUGUCAGUCAU